AUGCACUCGAUGCAACCGGAACAGCGAGGCGGUGGCCCGGGACAAAGGCCCCCGGUGGCGGCAGUCAGCUAUAACAAGAACAGAGCGCGCGGGAGCGGGAGCGGGAGCGGAGGCCGCGAGUCUGAGGGCGGCGGCCGAGUCUACAUCAACCAAGACGGGGCGGGAUCCUACAUCGAAGAUCUCUUCGGGGGCGGGGGCGGGGGCGCCUGGCAAGUGUGCCACGACCCUGACGAGGACAGUCGCGGUCAGCAAUGGCGGGGUCAACCGCGUCCGUCGUCGGCAAAGCCGCUGCCGCGAGUCCCGAUAGACGAGGAGGCCGCGCAGACGUGGAUCUACCCUGUGAACUACCCCAUCCGCCAGUACCAGCUGCAGAUCGUGACCCAGGCCCUGUUCCAGAACACCCUCGUGGCACUGCCGACGGGCCUCGGCAAGACGCUGAUCGCCGCCGUCGUCAUGUACAACUACUACCGGUGGUUUCCGCGGGGGAAGGUCGUGUUCCUGGCCCCAACCAAGCCCCUCGUGGCGCAGCAGAUCAGCGCCUGCUACGACAUCAUGGGCGUUCCGGAGCAGGACACCGCCGAGCUCCAGGGGUCGGUGGACCCGAAGAAGAGGGCCCAGCUGUGGGACGAGCGGAGGGUCUUCUUCUGCACCCCGCAGAGCAUGGCCAACGAUAUCAAGCACAAGCGCUGCGACCCCGCGCGGUUUGUCUGUGUCGUCGUGGACGAGGCGCAUCGGGGCACCGGGAACUACGCGUACGUGAACGUGAUCAGAGAAGUUGCCGCCGCGACGGCGCACUUCCGGGUGCUGGCGUUGAGCGCGACUCCGGGAAGCGACAUCAAGACGAUCCAGCAGGUGCUGGUAAACCUCCGCAUCGCCCACAUCGAGUGCCGCAGCGAGGACGACCCCGAGGUGGCUCGGCACACUCACGCGCGUCAGAUCGAGGUGGUGAAGUGCAAGCUCGGGGGCCACAUUGACGCCAUAAGGCAGAGCCUCGUGGACGUGCUCCAGCCCCUGGUGAACAGGAUGGCCAGCAAGCGGGUGCUCUUCAGCCGGGACCCUAUGGCCCUCAAGGCUUGGACUGUGCUCCAGAGCUUGCAUGCCUUCAGGCGAAGCGUCCACGAGAACGGUAACGAGCACAUCGCGGGGGAGGUGGAGGCGGAGAUGGGCGUGCUGACCAAGGUCAUGCAGGCGAAGGACACGUUGGUGACGCACGGGGUGGCCGGAUGCCUUCACAAACUCGAGAACAUGGAGAAGGAAGUGAAGGUCCGAGGGAUACGUUCCAACGCGGAGAGGGGGGUGUUCCGUCACGAGGCGUGGCCGGGCCUCAUGAAGCUGCUGCGGCAGACGGUGGAGACCACCGCUGGCGCCAGCGUCAAGCACCCCAAGCUGAUCAAGCUGAAGGAGGUGCUGCGAGAGCACUUCGCGAGGCAUGAGGCCGGCGGCAAGAGCACUCGAGCGAUAGUCUUCACGCAGCUACGCGACAGCGUCGAGGCAGUGGUAAGGGCUUUUUUUUCGGGGGAGUUCAACUGCCUGGUGGCCACGUGCAUCGCCGAGGAGGGUCUGGACAUCGGAGAGGUCGACCUCAUCGUCAGCUUCGACGCCCUCAACAGUCCCGUGCGGAUGGUGCAGCGAAUGGGGCGGACUGGACGGAAGCGCGCCGGAAAGGUGGUGGUGUUGGUGACAGAGGGGUCGGAGGAGUCCAAGCUGCGUAACUCGAACAGCAAGAGCAAGUCCAUCACCAGGGCCCUGCAGACGAGAAAGGACAAGUUCGACAUGUACCAGGACGAUGAUCCGAUGGUGCCCCCGGGCCCACGGCCGCGCAUGGUGAAGCAGGAGAUGGUCAUCAUGGAGUACCACCUCAGCCAGGUCGGUGGGCACCAAAAGAAACCCGGGCGAGGCAGGAAGGCCGGGGGCGGAGGCGGCAAGGGCAGAGGCGGCGAGGGGGGUGGGGUCGGUGGCGAGGAUGAGUGGCGCUUGUCAGCGGCGAAAAAGGCCACGCUUCUGGAGGCGUACAGCGACGAGCCCGGGACGAAGGCGUACAUGCCCAACCCGCUGUCGGGGUGGAGGCGGCAGAGGUGCCCGCUGGCGUCCAGCAAUGUAGCGCGCUCGAGUCGGUCUCGGUUGCUGUGCGAGAUGAAGGACUUCAUCAAGAGCAAGGAGUGGGAGUUCGUGUACGACCCGAGCGACAUGGAGCUAAAGAUGGCAACCUCGCCCUUGUUCCAGGACGAAGACGCGGAGACGUUUCCGAAACCUUCUCGCGCUUCUGACGACGCCUGCGGCGGCGGCGGCGGCGGCGGCGGCCGCAGUAGUAGAAUACCGCCUCCGCCACUAAAUACCGAGUCCGAUGACGACAUCUUUGAGGUAGAACCCCCUGCUGCUGCUGCCGCGCGCUGCGCCCGGCGACGGGCUGCUGCUAGUGAUGACGGUGCUGAUGCUGUUAGUGCUGAAGCCCGGGCUACGGCGUGCGAAGGCGCCAACAUGGCGAACAGCACCGUGCGUCAUCGUGAGGGCGAGCGGCGGGUCGGAGGAGAGGACGGCGACGUUACCGCUAACAAGGGCGAGAGCACCGCGAAGAGGAAACCGAAACGGCCCAAGACGGGGGGGAAGAAGGGCAAGAGAGGUUCCUCGGGUGGUAGGUGCAGCGGGGGCGACGACGAUGAUGAGGAUGAAACGAUAGGGGUUACGAGCUCUGCUGCUGCUUCUACGAGAAACGAGGGUUCUACUCGGGAAAAGGUAAUUCCCGAGUCGUCACGAGGAGAAGGACAGGAAGAGUCGAGAGGCCUGACGGGGCAAGGUGGGUUGGACGAUGACGACGACGAGGAGACUCAGUCUGACCCCGAGUUCCGGUCCCCCGCAGGACGCCGGGGCCUCCCCGCCAGCGGCGGGGGCGGCGGCGGCGGCUCUGCUACGGCACGGAUGCAGGAAGCGACAGCCGAAGAAGAGCGGUGGCGCUGCGACUGCGGCGUUCUUGCGAAGGCCGGUCGUCGGACGUGUCGCGCCUGCGGUUCGGCUAAUGCUGCUGCCGCCGCCGCCGUACCGUCUCCUCUCUCGAGCACGCGGCCGUGCGACGUAGACGGAAGCGGUGGUGGAAGCGGUGCCCCGUCCCGGUCUGGAGAGGGGGCGCUUCCCGGGGUGUUGGGGUCCUCGCCGUCUUUGGGGUGCAGCGGCGGCAACAGCAAUGGAAGAGGAGGGGGAGAUGAGGGGGCAGAAAGAGGAGGGGGAGGAGGAAGAGAGAGAGAAGAAAGAGGAGGAGCAGGAGGGGGCCUCAGUCUUAGCGCCGGCGGCACGGCUGAGUCCUCUACGGCCGGGGCGGGCAAGGCCGGAGCCGCCGGAGCUGGAGCCAGCCAAGCCUGUAGCGUCACCAGCAUCAGCAGUGGCCGGAGCGAGAGCAGCAGCAGUGCGAGCAGCCCCCGCGAGCGGGGCAGGUGGGAGUGCGGCUGCGGGUGCCGCAUGAAGGCGGAGAAGAGGCGGUGCAGCAUGUGCGGGCAGCCGAGACCGGCGCAGGGCGUCCUGGAGGGGCAAGGCGUCCCUUCUAGCGGUGCCGCAUCUGACGGCGGUGCCAAGCGCGAAGAAUGUAACCUCGCAGCCGCCGAGAGCCGCGUACGCGGUAGCGGUGGCGGCGUCGGAAGUCCGGCGGGGCCCUCGUCGGCUUGCGGCGGCGGCGGCGGCGGCGGCGGGUCUUCGGCGGCAAGCGCCGGCGCAGCAGCUGAGAUGGGCGUUGCUGCUGCUACCCCGGUCGGAGGGUGGCAGUGCCCGUCCUGCGGAAAUGAGUACGGCGCCGCGCGCCUGAAAUGCCGCGGGUGCAACACCCCCCGGCCGGCGGCGGGUGGCGGAGGUGCGCCGUCAGCGGCGGGUGCGCGACCGGAGGCGCCGGGCCCGGGCCGCGAUAACAACCGCGAGCUUCCGACCACCGCUAUCGCCAAAGGUGCGGCAGGGGGUCGGUCAGCGUCACCCGCUCGGGGACGUUGUGAAACACCCCGGCCGGAGACCCCGGCGGUGGGCGGUGUCGAGGUCGAGUCCGUAGCGUCCACCGUCAAGGUCAGGAGCGCGUCGUCAUCGUUGUCGGGCUCACCGACGCCGAUAGCCCGCCGCGCCGCAGGAGGGGGUGGCGGGGCUUCGGCCGCCACGAACGUGCGCGAUCUGUGCGCCGGCCUCGGUGGGGGGGCAGCCUCUCCCGGGCGGCUGGGUGGUGCUGCAGCGGAUUCGAGGCGAUCGAGCGGACCCGCUGCUGCUGUUGUUCAUGUUGGGGCGGCGCGCGUGGAUGGUCGCGCGGGCCUUGGCGCAGCCAGGCAGCGAUCGGAUGGGUCGGACGCCAGCCGCCACGGCGGUGGUGCGGGAGGCGACGGCGCGAGGUCGUCGUCCUUGUCCGAACCUGCCGCCGCAGCAGCAGCAGCCGCUUGCGAGGAAGGAGGAGUUGAUGGGGGCCGUGUUGCGUCAUCGCGCAACGAAGCUUUCAGUCAAGAGGAGGAGGAGGAGGAGGAGGAGGAGGGAGAGGACAGCUUCGGCGAUCUCUUCCCGGCGCUUCACGAGUUCGAGGCAGACAACAGCGCCGACAUCGGUAACGAUAGAAGUGCAGAUGGACGGGUUGCCGGGGGUACGGCGACGGCUGCUGUCGCGCCGGCCGCUCAGUCGGUGCCGUCGUCCGGCGGCCUGUGGCUGCCUUCCCCUCCGUCUCUUAUUGCCCCCCCGUCGUUCUCGGCGGGCAGUUGUGGUUCACGUGUCCACCUGGGCCGUACGGCUGCUAGCGCUGCUGCGGCUGCGGUUCCUGCGGCUCCUGCCGUGUGGGGUAGCAGUAGCCCGCCUGGUGAAGAAAUUGAUCGUCGUCCCACCGAGGGAAAAUCCGCAGCGGCGGCGGCGGAAGCUGUGGAGGCUCCGCCGUCCCCGGGCUGUGCUAAUGCCGACGGAAGGAAGAGCAGCACCUGGCCCGGGAGAGCAGAGCAAGAGGAGGAGGAGGAGGAGGAGGCUACGCUCGGCGUCUCACCCUCGGGCAGCGGCGGCGGUCAUAGCAGCGACGUUGGGGGAGACACCGAGCUAGAGGACGGCGGCAACGGCGGCGGCGGCGGUGGCGGCAGCGGCGAGAGCGACGACAGCGAGAGCGAUGACGGGGAUGACGUGGCGUGCGGGGUGUGCGGCUGCUCGACUUCCAAGGAGGACGACCCGAUCGUCCUGUGCGACGGCCCGGGGAACUGCAAGACGGCCGUCCACGCCGACUGCUACGGGAUCGCCGAGGUGCCUGACGGUCCGUGGUUGUGCGACCCUUGCCGCUCGAAUCGCGAGACCGCCGCCGGCGCCGCCGUUGGCUCCGAACCGGGACCGCGGCCAUCAUCAUCAUCGGCAGCAGCGGCGACGGCGGCGGAUCCGGAAGACGGGUGGCCGUUGUCGUCGCCGCGGUCCAUCUCUUGUGCGCUGUGCAAGCAGCCGGGCGGCGCCAUGAAGCUCUCGCGGUGCUCGCGGUGGGUGCACGUGGCCUGCGUCUGGUGGACCCCGGAGCUCGCGACGGAGCCGGGCACCGUCCGCCCGGGGCCGCUGGCGGGGCUCGACCCCGCCCGCGGUCGGCUGGCGUGCUCCGCGUGCCACGGCCGGGGGGGAGCGGCGGUGGAGUGCGCCGAGCCCUCCUGCCCGGAAGCCUACCACCCGUUCUGCGCCAUGCGCGCGGGGCUCCUCCUGCGGGAGGCCGACGGCACCUUCGAGCUGUUCUGCAGGACGCACUCCCGCCGGAGAAGCCGGCGGCGCGGGGACGAUCAGGACGGGGGCACGGUGACGGACGGCGAAAGCGCCGAGCGGCGGCCGGGCGGGGGUCGCGUUGAGGAAGGUGCGGUGGUGGCGGCGGCGGCGGCAGCGGAGACGACGCCGGCCGCGGCCGAGCGGAGGGGCAAGGGCGGGGAAGGGCCGAGGCGCGGGGUGUCUACGCCCCCGACCUGCGUGGCCACGCCGCCCGGUUCCUGCAGCCCCGCACCCGCGUGUUUCGGCGGGAUUGUUGCGGCGGCGGCUGCUGCCGGGCGAGGCCGGAGAGCGUUGCCGCCGUCGUUCCCGCAAGGGUCGGAGUCUUCUCCGAGUCCGAGUCCGAUGCCGUCGCGCCGCCGGCCUCCCGGGUGCAAAGCGGGCGAGGUCAAGAAGAAGAAGAUGAUUGCACUGUCUGACGACGACACGGACGACAGCUGCGGCGGCGGCGGCGGCGGUGUCUCGCCCGGUGUCCCCGUCGCUGUCGCGGUGACAACACCGGGCAGGAGGGGCAGCGGCGGCGGCGGCGGCGGGGGAAAUGGCACGCCGCUAAGGGUGUUUGACAUGGCGCCGCCGGCCAAACUGCCCCAGUGGUCUUCCGCCGGCGGUGGUUGUGAGGAGGAGGAGAGUAGCGCGACGACGCCAUCACCGGUGAUGCGGCGGAACAAUAACAGUAGGCGGCUUAAAGGAGGAGGUGGUGGGGGCUCCCCGUCCGUCCGGAGGAAGCGAUGUGAGGAGGAGGAGGAGGAGGAGGAGGAGGAGGAGGAUGGGCUGAUGACGACGCUAUCGCAGGCCGUGUCGCCGGUGGAGGAGAAAGGAGGAAGGCGUGACACGAAGCGCCGACGCCUGAACAGGAUGGCGCAGCUGGAGAAAGAGGGCAAGGAAGGGACGCGGGCCGACGCGGGGGAUGGCAAGAAAAGGCGUUCCUUCGGAACCCGUGCGGGGGAACAGGACUCUGGAGGGAAGUCGAGGAAGCGGCAGCGGGGCCGCGGCGACGGCGAUCGCACGGGGAAAGGGAAGGGGAAGAGGGGCUGCGACUUCGACAGGGCUUCCUAUCGACGGUACAUCGACACGGAGGCGGAGGUGGACGAAGACGUCUCGGACGACGACGAGGCCGAGCUGGAGAACGACUACGACAGCGAGGAUAGCUUCGUCAACGACGGGCCGCUAUCGUACGUGACGGACUCUUCUCAGGAGGAGGAGGCGGACGAGGAGGAAGAGGAAGACACGCGAGGCAGUGGUCGUGACGGCGGCGGUGAAAGACGCGGAAAGAAGAAAAAGAGAGGCCGCAAGGGUCCGAAGUUCGACAACAACGAGGAUGAAACGGGCAUGUACCGCCAGCUCUUGCAGCAGUCUCAGCCGCCACCGCCGUCGCCGUCUCACCGUGGAGCCGCCGCUGACGGGUGGGGGCAGCGACAGCAGCAGCGGCGGCGAACAGAGAGGAGCGGCUGGCAUGUGACCGGCGGUGAGGACGAAGGCGGCGGCGGCGGCGGCGGCGGCGGCGGUAGCAGCCGGGCAUCAUCCCGCUUCGCCUUCGUGAACGCCGUCAUGGCCCACGCGAGGGAAGGCGGAGACCCGCUGGACAUCGAGGAAGCCUGCGGCUCGGACGCCGCCGGCGGUUUCACGCAGGAAGGGUACGCGGGGACCCCGGAGUCGACGGCGACGACGAUGACGCCGGGGUCGAGGAGAGGAGGGGGGGGGGGGUGUCCGGACUGGUCGCCGCGCGACGGGAUGUCGUCCGGGGGCUCGACAUCCGACGGAGGGGCCCUCCAGCGGUACGCGCGCGUGGUGGUGGCGGUGGAAGGGCUGGGGGAAGACGUGGGCGGUAGCGGUGGUGGUGGUGGUGGUGGUGGUGGCGGGGGGGGACCACGAGAAGCCGUCGGGAAAGUCGAGGCCCUGCGCGGCGCGAGCGUGGUCGCCUGCCAGGGGUGGAGGGACGCGGCGGAUAAGGUGGAGGGCCUGGUUCGGCGAGAAGAGAACGACGGGUUCGGGCUGCCCAAGGUGGUCACGGGACCGUCGCUCACGCCCGCCCAGACCAAGUUCUUGUCGGCGCUGCUGCGAGCGCCGACGUUGUCGUACCCUGGGGGACUCUUGAUGCUUGAGGCCUUCAGGGGCAGGUCCGGAAAAGAAGUCGUCGCAAGUUCUGCAAGGGAGCUUCAGGCCUCGGUUCCGGGCAUGACGGCGCAACAGGCCGCCAAACUUAAGCGUUUUUUGAUGAGCACUGCCUUCAGGGGGCGGGGGUAG